AUGACACGUCCUCGCUGGGAGACGGAUUCGGCCUCGGACCGUCCGAUCAGCCCAGCUUACCCAAAGCAAGCUUUUGAAGGGCUCUCAGCAACACCGGGUUCAUCACAGCAGCGAGCAAAAGAACGUAGGAAGCUCACCAAAGCAGCCUGCUCAUCAUGUCGGCAGCGGAAAUCAAAGUGCGACGGCAAGCGCCCCGCCUGCAGCACCUGCCGCACCAAGAGCAGGACCUGCGAGUACAUGACUGAAGAAGGAGUCUCCUCCCAAUCGGCAUAUAAGACACGACUUGAAGAUUAUGCAACCGUGUUACAAUUGCUGAAGCGCGCUGAUAGUUCUGAGUGUGCGCUUAUCCUCGAGGAUCUGAGGGGGCCGAAAGGCGUGGUAGACGGUGUCAAAGAGGUCUUGGAUAAAUGGGCCGAGCAUGAAUGA